CACUUUCAUUUGAGCAGUUAUAAUAGGCUAUCGCAGUUAUUAUUAGAUGGGGGGUGGCCCGUUUUUUUGUUGGGAGGUGGCCGGGCCACACCUAUCUCAGUUACUGUAGCUAUCAUACAAGUUAAUAGACUCACAGAGACAAGCUAAACUAAGCCAUGGAGAUAGUUAACAACUGUUCCUACGGUGUCAUCACACAAAGACAGAUCAGUGGAACAGGCAGAGAGAGUAAGACUGUUGACAAUCUCAGAGUUAGUGUUGACCAUAGGGAUGAAGGAGUGUACGAAAAUGUUGAGUACAACUUCACUAAUAUCCCGAUCGAGCAAAACCACGCCUACAAUGUGCACAGUACUGGACGGUUGGACGAGGUCAGUGAGUACGUCGAAUUAAUCAUCCCUACGGAGUCAGCUGCAAAUGUGAUUGUCCAACAAAACCAGGCUUACAACAUCAUUACUACACAGCCAACAACUGAUCGUUGCUACGAGAAUAUCCCAGAAAAUGCGAAUGAGCAAAUUUAUGAAGAGCAACAAAACCAUUUGACACAAGCCCCUGGGGAAGUAUCAACACAAGCCCCUAAGAAAGUAUCAACACCUAUUUCGCCAUUGAAGGCUAUCUGUAGAACCUGGCAAGGCAAAGUGGAAGUGGCUGUCAGAAUAAACAUCCUUGUGCUGGCAUUUCUACUGAUGGGGCUAUAUGUAUCUGCUGGUCAGGCUUACAUCACACCUAAUGAGUUUUCAUUGAAUCCUCUUAAUUCAUAUAUCAGAGUGAUUGUAGGAGGUAUUUUUCCACUCCAAUUGAGUAUUGUAAUCAGCAUGGAAAUAGUACACCUCUGCAUCAGGACAUGCAGGAUAAGGACAACCAAAUGUUUCCUCACAUGGGACAUUUUAUACUGUUGCAUGAUAAGCUUCUUCUCACUGGUGUUCCUCGGAAUAUCAACCUGGCAAACUGUACUAUGGUCUACAACAAGUAAUCUGGUAGAAUAUGCCCUCUUCAUUCUAAUCACGGUACUGUGCUUCAUCUUCAUGGCUCUGUACAUGCUCAAGGUUUGCUGGAUUAGAGCAACCAUUAGUAUGAAGUGGGAUUCAAGAAUGGAAAUAUAAAACAGCAAGAAUAGCCAGCAAACUGCCUUAAACUAAAACAUUAACAUUAAGCGCAAUAAAUUCAUACGUAGUUACGAUUAAAUAUCAUCACAUAUUUCACAACUGCCAUAUAAUUAUGGCCAAAACCAUAGACAACAGCUCAAAAGGAAACUAUUACACACAUAAUUACAAUCAUUAUAGGAAGCACAGUUUUAUUAUUAGACGGGCGUGGCCCGUUUUUGUUGGGAGGCGGGCCACACCCAUCUAAGUUACUGUAGCAAUCAUAACAAGUUAAGAAUCACAAAUAGAAGCCAUGGAGCUAGUUAACAACUGUUCCUACGAUGUCGGCACACAAAGACAAAUCAGUGGAACAGGCAGAGAGAAUGAGAAGAUUGUUGAAGAUGCUGUUACAGAAACAAAUGUUGACAUCCAAGAAAAUCCUGCAUACAAUUUCAUAGCUACCAAUGCGAGUGUUGAGUGUGGGGAUGGGGGAGAGUACGAAAACGUUAUGUACAACUUUACAAAAAUCCCGAUCGAGCCAAACCCUGCCUACAAGGUGCACAGCACCAGGCGGUUGGACAAAGUUAGCGAGUACGAAUUAAUCAUCCCUACGGAGUCACCUGCAAAUGUAAUUGUCCAACAAAACCAGGCUAAUAACAUUAUUACUACACAGCAAGGUGAUACUGCAUCUGAUCGUAGUUAUGAGGAGAUCUCAGAAAAUAUAACCAAGCAAUUUUAUGAAGAGCAACAAAACCAUUUGACACAAGUCCCUGGGGAAGUAUCAACACAAGCCCCUAGGAAAGUAUCAACAUCUUUUUCGCCAUUGAAGGCUAUCUGUAGAACCUGGCAAGGCAAAGUGGAAGUGGCUGUCAGAAUAACUAUCCUAGUGCUGGCAUUUCUACUGAUGGGGCUAUAUGUAUCUGCUGGUCAGGCUUACAUCACACCUAAUGAGUUUUCAUUGAACCCUCUUAAUUCAUAUAUCAGAGUGAUUAUAGGAGGUAUUUUUCCACUCCAAUUGAGUAUUGUAAUCAGCAUGGAAAUAGUACACCUCUGCAUCAGGACAUGCAGGAUAAGGACAACCAAAUGUUUCCUCACAUGGGACAUUUUAUACUGUUGCAUGAUAAGCUUCUUUUCACUGGUGUUCCUCGGAAUAUCAGCCUGGCAAACUGUAAUAUGGUCUACAACAAGUAAUCUGGUAGAAUUUGUCCUCUUCUUUCUAACCACGGUGCUGUGCUUCAUCUUCACGGCUCUGUACAUACUCAGGGUUUGUUGGAUUAGGGCAACCAUUAGUAGGAAGUGGGAUUCAAGAAUGAUAAUAUAAACCAGCACGUACGGAAAAUCAGCGAACAGCCCAUAGCCUUAACGUAAUUAAACUCAUAGUGAUUACGAUUGACGCACGUAUACAUUGGACUAUAUAAUUGCUGCAUAGAUUAACAUUAAGCAGGCCCUAGGGCGCACACGAUGCCUUAUUGCACACAUGUAUGCUCUACGAUUCUUUGGACAUUAACCCAAUUAUACUAAUUACAUGUAAGUGCAAGGUGAACUCAUAGGUGAGGCUACUGUAGCUUCUGGCAAGGCAAAGUGGAAGUGGCUGUUAGAAUACUAUCAUAGUGGUGAGAUAAUAGAACAUACUUAUAACACCCAGAGGAGGUACGACAGACGUGGUUCAACUCUAGCAAUUAGUAUCUGAUUAGACACUAAUUACCCGCCCACGUACAUCAUUAUUAAUCAGAGGCUGUUUUUCUCUAAUUGAACGACCAACACAGCAAUAACGCUGUACAUGGGAACAAUCAAACACUAAUUGCUAGAGCUGAACCGCGCCUGUCGUACCUCCUCUGAGACUUUAAUUAACAUACCGGGUUUCUUUAUUUUCAUACUCCUAUAUAGGAAAAAUUCCAAUGAGUCACAUGACACACAGCUGAUAGUCCUAGCUCACCCGUGCUGUAGCACCUGAUAGAGGAACGUCUCCUCACUCCUCACACCUCUCACACACUCCCUCUGCUCACACUCUUGCUGACGACGACGAGUCAGCAGUUUCUCAUACAAAUCAGCUCCUAUAAAGAACGGAAAAAAUGUCUUAUACAAUGAAAGCACCGCGGGUGCUGAUGCCUCGGUGGAGGUGCCAAAGCUACAUAACAUAAAACUACUAAUAGCUAGCUUUUAUACACACAUUGAUUAUAAUUAUCAUGAUGAACAUCUUUAAUUUUGCUGCAUGAAAAUGGUGGGUAAUGAUCAACCAUGAUUGUUGUUAAAAACGAUUGAUGCCAAAAGUUCAAGUCUAAAAUUAUGGCUGCAAGUCAGCAGAGCCUUGCAGCUCUCUGCUCACUCUUGCAGCUACCAAUAGCUAGCGUUCUAAUGUAGAGCUAACUACUAAGUAGAGUAGUAACACUCGGGGAACAAGUUUUGCUACGGACUCUUCUGAAAAGGCUGCAAUAGCAUUCCAAGUAAGCAAAACUAGGCAUAACUCGAGAACGAAGCAUUAUUUUGCAAAUCCACGAAUUAAAAUCCAAGUAAACAUGACUAGAAGCCUAUAGAAACUCUUACUUGCACUUGAUUCAUCCUUGAGCAGCUGUAGCGGUCUACACACACACACACACAGACACACUACCGUAUACCUCGCUUGCGCAUGCGCACCGAGGCAUAAAUAUACCAUCACAGUGUCUCUAUUAAACUGAUAUUUCUAAUACAACAAUUCAGGUAGGACUGAAAUAGAUUACCUUUGAGAGUUGUGAUGCCAUUUUCUCUGUAACACUUUAAUUUCUUAAUCUGCUGAUGAAGCUCAUCCUCCACUGUCAGAAAAACAACAUAAUUUCAAUCUCGUCAUCACAAAGCCUGUAAUAGUAGCACUCGUACACUUACUGUAGUGACUGAUGAGGAACUUGGCUGCACUCUGUGGACUCAUGAACCUCAUGAACGGACGAGCCACCAUCUUCAAUCUCCUGAGGUACGACCGGAAGAGACAAAAAGAUAAAGUUAGAGAUCCCUUCAUUUUUGAAAUUACUAUAGUCGGCUCUGUAACUUGAGUUCUGACGGUCCAAAUUUUAUGAUUUUAUGAUUUUUGGAAAGCUUAGAAGGAGCCCGUUCAGAUGGUGGCUUAACUAACAAAUUUGGAACGGAUCAUAAUUUUCCAUUUUCGGGAAAAGACCAUUAUAGCCCAUGGUAUUUUGUCAAAAACAGGCUCAAAAUAGACUUUUGAUUUUAACACAUCAUUUGAAUAGCCUCUCUCUAAGCCUUCAGAUAAUCAUAAAAUUAUCGUUUUUGGACCAACGGAACUAAAGUUAUGGCUGCUCAAAGAUGUUCUAUUUAACGCUACGUUGAUUCUAUUAGCGUGCUUUACUACCUCAGGCUGUAAGCUCAGACACAUUGCACAGUGUUUUAUAUCUAUACAGUACAUUCCUUCAGCUAGAGGAAGCUUCAAACACUUGCAGUGAGAGAGACUUACAAUUGACUCUUUGUCAGUCUCGUCUUGUCAAUGGCUACGGGGAGAAGGCAAUUAAAUAGAGAUAAAUUUUCGGGAGGAAAUGCAACGUGAGAUUUACAAUAACACACCAAUCUGCUUCUUGAUGUCCAAGAGUCCGUACUCCCGCACUAAACUGUGGGGGCGUGGCAAUAAUCAGCUCGUCCCUUCAAAAUAACUACACAAUGUUUACCUCUUUCGUGCAGCCCUUUGCUUCAGUCGAGAGCAGUAGAUCUUUAUGGAGGCCAAAUUAAAAGCUGGGGAGGGUCAAAUACACUAAAUUAAUUAGUUUACUAUAUACCAUGAUAAUAAUGCAUGCAGCUGCGCUGACAUACCUUUCAUUAGCAUGUCAUCAUCAUCAGAGUCAGGUGACAGGUUUGCCACUAUACUCUCUGCCCCGUUGUCAGGCUCCUAUAAUAUAGUAUACAGGAACAUAACGAUAGUAUACAAGAAUAUACCAAUAGUAUACAAGAAUAUACCAAUAGUAUACAAGAAUAUACCAAUAGUAUACAAGACAAUACCAAUGAUAUAUUGCACUAGUAUAACACUAGUAAUCUCACCACAGCAAAGUCUCCACGACGUGGCAUGAACCCAGAUAUCUCGGUACCAGGAUAGUACACUGGAACCGGAUCAUUGGAUUCUGACUCUCCUCUGGCAUGGGAAUCAGACUUUACUACUCUGCACACUUCUGGACGGAGUGGUAUCGCUGCCCAUUGUAUAACGAGUUGAUAAAUAUUUGCAUUCAUGACACAAUAUACGGGUUACCUGGCAACACAGGGUGGGGGUUGAACAUGUAGCAGUUGUUGUAAUGAUCUUGACAUUCUGAAUACGAAUCAAAUGAUAAUGUUUGCAUACCUCAAUCUAUAAACACUUACCUUCAAGUGUCUUUCCAACUUGUGUUGAAAUAGGAGCCCUAUGAUGCGGUUAAUGUCUCAUGUAAAGUGGAUCCAAGAAAGUAAUAAUUAUGUGGACGUGAGAGUAUUGCGAUUGUGUGGACAUGAUUAUUAUUGGAAUGUACGUCAUUUAAUAUAAAAAUAUUAAGUCCCACUUUACCAGUUUCCAUAUCCAUACUCAUCAAUGGCUUCCAGCAGCUGCAGCUCUUCUUUACCUGUCCAGUCAUCGCAGAACAAACCAGACUCCAUCACUAAACAACCUUCUUAGCUUUUAGCCUAGAUGUGCUUCUAUUGGAAAA